AUGACUUCAACUUCUACUCUUAAGCUUCAGGCAGUGCCUGUGGACAAAGAAAUUGAACAUCUUAUUAAGUCGUCCAAAGACUUGUCAGUGGGUGGGACGACUACUUCCAACUAUGGUCCUGAUCCCGAUGGAUUAAAGAUCCUCCCAGAGUCUACUAGAAAAAGACUUGUGGAAGCCGAAAUUGAUAUCUCUGAAGGCUACCCAUGGAGACCAGAUAAGGCCAAAAUCCCUGUGUUUGUGGACGAAGCAGCUGCAAUUAGGGAUGAUGAUUACGAAUAUAUUGAACGUGCCAAAAACGCAGACCCUGAAAAGAAGGCCCUUUUUGGAGCCGCAAAAGAAGUUAUAAAUUUGACUAACCACAUUGGUACUGAGAUUGUUGGACUCCAGCUUGCAGACCUUGAUGAUAAACAAAAAGAUGAGUUGGCAUUGUUGGUUGCUGAGAGAGUUGUUGUUUUCUUUAGAGACCAAAAACUGUCUCCUCAAAAGCAGCGUGAGCUUGGAGACUACUGGGGCCGUGUUGAAGAACAUCCUCAGGCCCCUCAAGUGAAUGGCCUUCCUGGCGUCUCCGUUGUCUGGGUCGACUACUGGCGGGGGGUGUUUGGUUGGCAGCUCAGUUUUAAGAACAAUAGUUUAGCAAAUUGGGACGCUGUCAAGCACCUAUCACCGGGCCCUCAAGGUUGGCACUCAGAUCUUGUUCAUGAAAAGCGUCCUGCAGGAAUCACGCAUCUACAUCUGGAUGCCAUUCCAUCUACUGGUGGUGACACCUCAUGGUCAUCUGGCUAUGCAGCCUACGAUAAGUUGUCUGAAUCACUCAAAAAGUUCCUGGACGGGAAGAAGGCUGUUUUUGUUUCCGCACACGGCUACCUUGACAGGAACAAUCCUUUUGGCGGACCCAAAAAGAUCGAGAGAGUCCACCCGCUGGUGAGAACGCAUCCGGCCACCGGCUGGAAGUCUCUCUACGUGAACCGGGCCAUGACCAAGCGAAUCAUCGGGCUGUCGUCUGUGGAGUCGGAUCUUGUGCUCAACUACCUGUUUGAGGUCUACGAGAAGAACGCCGACAUACAGGUGCGGUUCAAGUGGACGCCAUCGCGGCCAGGGUACGGCACGUCGGCGAUCUGGGACAACCGGGUGUCUCAGCACUCGGCUGCGUGGGACCACGAGGGGCAGGACCCGCGCCACGGAACGCGGGUGACGUCUUUGGCGGAGGUGCCGUACUUUGACGCGGGCUCCAAGUCGCAGCGCGAGGCACUGGGCCAUUCUCUGGACGAGCGGGACUUCUUCUAA